UAUCAAUUAAAUUCGACGUAGUGACAAUAAACUAAGAAAACUAAAUUUACACAUUCACUUUAAGUGGAUUAAAUUAUCUGAAAUUUUACAAGUUAACAUUUGAUACAAACAUAUUUUUGAAUACCUAAUGUUAUUUGAUAACAAAUAGUAAGUUCAUUAUAGAUAACAUUCAGCUGAUACCAAGGUCACAGGCUCUAGAUAAGUCUCCAAUCAAAAUCGAGUAAAGCUUAAUAGUGAGUUCAACUUUCUAACGAGUUGUGCACAUAGUUUGGAUACAGUGCACAAAUAGACACAUAUACAGUUAAUGAACAUAACAAAUUCUGUGGUCAUUCAUUGUGAUUUGUUACUAUUAUCACUAUGCUAGUAUCUGAUGUUGACCAAAGUGCCGUCAGUUUGACAACCUUACAAACCAAAGACAUCACGAGUUUACAGUUAAGUACGCCACAAUCUGUAACUACAUUUACCACAUCAACAAGAGAAUCUGCUAUGUCUACUUCGAGUGAUAUCCUAGGAAAGCAAGAAAAUCAAAAUGCUAAUGCUCUUUCUGCUGAAGAAGCAAUAGUUAGUUUACUUGAACGUACAAAAUAUACUUACGUACAAGAGAAUGGGCAGAGACGUUAUGGACCUCCACCAAAUUGGCAAUGUGAGGCACCUCCAAGAGGUUGUGAGGUAUUUAUUGGCAAAAUUCCCAGGGACUGUUUUGAAGAUGAACUUAUUCCUGUAUUCGAACAAAUUGGACCAAUUUAUAUGUUUCGAUUAAUGAUGGAACUUAAUGGUAUAAAUCGAGGCUUUGGUUUUUGUGUAUACACUAACAGAGAAGAUACUAAACGAGCAGUUCAAGAACUUAACAAUUAUGAAAUUCGAAAAGGAAAGACAAUCGGAGUAUGCUUAAGUGUAGAUAACUGUCGUUUAUUUGUUGGAGGAAUACCUAAGAAUAAAACAAGAGAAGAAAUAUUAUCUGAAAUGAAACGAGUAACAGAUGGAGUCAAAGAUGUAAUAUCGUAUCCAAGUGUAACCGAUAAGACAAAAAAUCGUGGAUUCGCAUUCAUCGAGUACGGCAGUCAUAAAGCAGCUGCAAUGGCCAGACGUAAACUACUUCCUGGACACAUUCAUUUGUGGGGUCACCAAAUAGCUGUUGACUGGGCCGAACCAGAAAGGGAGGUUAAUGAGGAUAUCAUGUCAAAAGUAAAGAUUUUAUAUGUUCGCAAUCUAAUGCUGUCAACUACAGAAGAGAGUUUACGUGAUUCGUUUAUUAAAGCUGCCGGUGGUGAUCCUAACAGUGUUGAAAGAGUAAAGAAAAUAAGUGAUUAUGCGUUCAUUCACUUCAGAGACCGUGAACAAGCUUCACAAUGUUUGCAUACUUUAAACGAUACCUAUAUUGAUGGUUCAAAGAUAGAAGUUACAUGGGCAAAACCAGUUGACAAGAAUGAGUUAAACACUCGACAACAGCCCUCUCGUACACCUGGAAGAUUAAUAAAUGAAUUAGUUUUAUCAAAUGAUCAAAACAUGAUUGCCGCAGCUACAGCUGUUGUAGCAGCUGGAGGGAUGUUGCCCCAAUUGGAAUCAACAUCACCAUUUUUUUUACCAUCUCAAGGCACGCCUAUGGGAACUGAUCUUUUACCAACUAAUUCAGAUGUUUUAAACUCCGGGAGAACAGAUAAUAAUCUUGGAAGUCCUAGUGGUAUGAAGCUGAAUUCCUCAAGAACGGGCCGAAGGAAUGCGGCUGGUAGUCGAAGCGCUGGAGCCCAAAAGGAUCGUAAACAUCCUGUAGAAAAGUUACAGCAACGUCAGUUGAAUCCGUUGGCUCUUUUAGAGAAUUUAAAUGAUCUAUGUUUACGUGAUGGUCUUGGUUCUCCGAUAUGUAGUGCAAUACCAGUUGAUUUCAUUGAUUCAACUACAGGAAAUAAGUUUCAGUUGUAUGUUGGACAGGUUUAUAUUCCAAAACUGCAAUUUCGAUGCAACACAAGUCGGUAUUAUUUAACAUCUACUGAGGCUAAACUGGGUGCUUCUGAAAUAGCUAUUCAAAGUCUUCCAUUUAACCCUUUUAACUUGAAUGAAGCAUUUGCAGCUAGUUAUGCACUGCCAAUUAAUCCAAGUGUAAUGCAUACAAAUGCAGCAUUUAUGCCAUUACCAUUAUCAAACAAUUUACCAAAUACAUCAACUCCACUGAAUUUAUUACAAUCUCAAACAAAUGUUCUACAAUUAUCUGGUACAACAAAUUUUCCUAUAAAUACUACUGGUUUAGCAAAUGUAACGGGUAAUUUAACCAAUAAUAAUAAUAAUGUUAAUCUACAAAAUGAAUGUACUGCUGGAACCAUAAUCAAUAAUGCGUUUGAUUAUUCAACACAGUUAUUUUCAAAUGGAACAUUAGGAAAUGGUGGACUUAUUAAUGCAACAUUUAACAAUCAACCUACUUACUAUUUUGAUCCAAAUUCCAUUUCAACUGCUGCUGCAACAGCUAUGUUGGUUGGACCAAAUGGAUUAAGUACCGUCAAUAGCAAUGCUAUACCACAAAUUAUUGGACUGCAACAAUCAUUAACCAAUUGCAGUAAUGAAUUAGGACAGAACUGUUCAUCUUCUUCUACUAUUGGACAAUCGUUAAACUCUUUGUCACCACUAGCAGGUUUAUAUAACUUUGGUUUACAAAUACCAUUAAUUUCAACAUCAGCUUUAUCACAAUCACAACCGACAACUAAUGCAACUUCACAAUCGGCAACGGUAAUGAAUUUAUUGAGUCAGUCAUAUACAAAUCCUGUUUCUGUACUCAAUGGUACUCUAUCAGUUACACAAUCAAUGAAUGAACAAAAUUCACAAAUAACUCUCUCUGGUACAAUUGAUCUGUAAUAUUAUAUUCAUAAAUAUGAAAUUAGUAACUGGUUGAAUGAGAUUUUAAGUUUUCGUAAGUUUUCAAUGGAUAAAUAUCUAAGUGAUGCUUUUUUAUUUGAAGUGAUUUCUUGAAAUUCACGAAUUGUAUUGUUUUGAAUUAAACGGAAUAUAUAAAUCCCAAUACCAAAUAUUUUUGCAAUAUAUAUUCUUUCCAUUUAUUUUGUUAUAUAUUCCAUUAUCUUCGUAAAUGGUUUAAUCUUCUUUUGUCUACCUAUAUUUUUCCUUUAUAUUCUUCUUUUAAUUAUCCGUGUAAACUGCUUGUCUAUUUCACUUGUCAUUUAAUCUAAAGAGGGAUUAUUUCCAAACUGUUCUAAACGAUCAGCAAUCAAUAAUAUGUGUAUGAACAAACAUUUUGUGCUGAUAUUUCUUUUAUACACAAUUAGAUACAUAAGCUAAAACACUAUAAACUCUUGAGAUACCGUUGUUCUUUCAUGCAUCUUUAUUUAUGCAACAAAGGUAUUUUGUUUUACUUUUUUGUAGUCAUUAGUAUUUAAUACAGUCGUUUCACAUUACUAUUAUUAUCAGCUUCGGGACAAAAGUUGUUUUUCUAUAUGCAAAUACUUUUACCGUCUUUUUGUGUUUUAAUGAAAAAAAGACAUUUUGUAAAUCAUCACCAUUACUAUUAUUAUCCAUAUGUUUGUUGUCAUUACCAAUGUUCAUGUUAUUAUCGGUUAAAUCAAUAGUACAGUCUUAGGUAUGUAGGUCAAGUCUUUGCUGAAAACUGUUCAUCUUUGAUACAAUAUAUAUAUAUAUAUAUAUAUAUAUAUAUAUAUAUUGCAGUGAAUGGAAUACUUGUAGAUGUCUAUGUGAAAAGGCAAACUGUUCCCUGAAUGUAAUAUUACAUCGUGUUUAAUGUGUUGAAUAUAUUGACAAUAUUAUUUCAUGAUGUUUUUAUGAUAUCCAUUUAUUUACUUGCUUUGUUUAUUCAGUGAAAAACGUGGACAAUAAAAAAAGUUAUAUAUCUAUCAUCCAACUUACUUAACAUUCAUUUACAAUAAGUUUUUUUGUGAAAUACCAUCCUCAUUCUUAUUUAACCACUUAACAAUACUGAACCUAUAAUAGAAAUAUAAUCAACAUUUUAUAGAGAACAUAAUUAGUAAACAAAUAGUUAUUGUGUAAACUAUCACUAAUGUUUAUUCGUUUACAAUUAUUUAAACUAGUAGAAUUAAUGAAAAGGAAAGUGUAAGCAAUAAAGUUUUGUACAGGGCAAUUGCAUUUUAUGUACUCAUGUAUGUGCCAGUAGCAACAACAACAAAACCAUGGUUCAUUUACCUAUUUACUUUUAGUAUUUAUAAUACUAAAGUUCCAUAUAUAUAAAUCCUGUGAACGAUGUAUUAGAAUUUGUGUACGAAGUUUUUUUUACGUUUAUUCAUUUAUGCACCUACUAGUCCAUUCUUUUUGUUGAUGUUAAAAAUGUCUAAUUGGAAAACUGUAUGCAAAGAUAAUAUUUCAUAUUUGUAGUUUCUUCUCUUUUAAAACUUAUGUCUCUAUCAAAAUUGUUCAAUGUUCUUUUUUAAUCUUCAAUAUUUAAAGAUUUAGUGUUUGUUGUAUGCUUAUUUAUCCUUUUCUUCUCCUUCUUCUUCUUCUCCUUCUUCUUCAGUCACUUAGUGUAAGAAAUUUAAACAAAAAAGGCACAUUGUCAUUUAAUUAAUUUACUAAAAAAGUAAUUAAUCUAAUUAGACGUUUUUAUGUGUUAAUAUUACAGUUAAUGCUUGUUUCAAAAUAAUAUAUUUUCAUUUGUUUAAUAUUUGGAGUAGUUACGGUUGUUUCAUUUCAAGAUAAUGCUUCUUCACAUUUAAUGUCUUUUGGUGGUGAGAUUUAUUUUUAAAUUUUACAAGAUUUCCGAUUAAAGUGAUUUGGUGAAUAUCA